AUGGCGAGCGCAAUUUCAAUCACCACCACGUUUGCUCCGACAAACCUGAUGAUGAGGAGUUUCCCAGCGAUGACGAGGCGGAAACAGAGAGAGAGAGACACAACCGGCGACGGCAAGGCGGUGACAAGACAGAGAGCGAGACCCGGAGAGGCGAGGACGGAGAGGGAGAGACACGACGACAAGAUCUACGUUCACCUGAGGCCUCGCGUUGCCAGAUUGUUGGACAGCCUGACAUCGUGCGCUGUCAAUUUGCUGUUAUUGAGAAAGGACCGCAAUGGCAAUAGGCAGAUCUGCUUCGGCAGCAUGUCCGGCGACUCCGAUCUGAUCCAGGGAACCCCGAGAAUCGACAUUCUGUGGGCCAAUGAUUCAUUCCGCCUGAGGAUUAAGUGCCAUUUAUGCGUGCCCAGACACCUACACAUAUUCUAUGCAACAGAAGUUGUCAUCGGCCUUGGGUAUCUUCAUUGUCUAGUUAUAUUGUACACAAUAGCUUGGAUUCUGGAUGAGUACUCAGAAAUUUCAUGGUCACUCACCUGCAGUUAUAGCAAAUCCAAUAGACGUGAAGCAGCAACUGAGCGUGGAGUUGUAUUUGUGACUGAAGCCUUACUCGCUCAACAUGGAAAACUGAUAAAGGAUCUAACAUUAGCCCUCCAGGGUUUGGAAUGUUGGAUCAUGGGCUGCAAAGCUGUUACAUGA